AUGGUUGCGAACAACAAGGUGGACAGCCUGUCGUACGACGUCGAGGCGCCGCCGCCCGCGGCGGCGGCGGCAGCGCCACCUCCGGCGUCGUCGUCGCCGGCGCCGGCUCGUCCCGCGGCGCCCGUGACGCGGCAGGGCACCGCGUCCGCGUCGGCAUCGGUGCUGGAGCUGCACAAGGUGUCGGUGCCGGAGCGGCGGACGACGGCGAAGGCGCUGCGGCAGCGCCUGGCCGAGGUGUUCUUCCCCGACGACCCGCUGCACCAGUUCAAGAACCAGUCGUCGGCGCGGCGCCUGGUGCUGGCGCUGCAGUACUUCUUCCCCAUCUUCCAGUGGGGGUCCGCCUACAGCCCCAGCCUCCUCCGCUCCGACCUCAUCGCCGGCCUCACCAUUGCCAGCCUCGCCAUCCCGCAGGCACAUUCCAGCUUUGUGCCGCCGCUCAUCUACUCGCUGCUGGGGAGCUCGCGGGACCUGGCGGUGGGGCCGGUCUCCAUCGCGUCGCUGGUGAUGGGGUCCAUGCUCCGGGAGGCCGUGUCGCCGGACGAGCAGCCCAUCCUGUACCUGCAGCUCGCCUUCACCGCCACCUUCUUCGCCGGCGCCUUACAGGCGUCCCUGGGAUUCCUCAGGCUGGGCUUCAUCGUCGACUUCCUGUCGAAGCCGACGCUGACGGGCUUCAUGGGCGGCGCCGCCGUCAUCGUGUCGCUGCAGCAGCUCAAGAGCCUGCUCGGCAUCGUCCACUUCACCUCCCACAUGGGCUUCGUCGACGUCAUGCGCUCCGUCGUCAACCGCCACGACGAGUGGAAGUGGCAGACGAUCGUCAUGGGCAGCGCCUUCCUCGCCAUCCUCCUCCUCACGCGCCAAAUCAGCAAAAGGAACCCAAAGCUUUUCUUGGUAGCAGCAGGUGCUCCCCUGGCGUCAGUGAUCAUCUCCACCAUCCUCUCCUACAUCUGGAAAUCCCCCACCAUCAGUGUUAUUGGCAUCCUCCCCAGGGGAGUGAACCCACCUUCAGCGAACAUGCUCACCUUCAGCGGCUCCUACGUGGCGCUGGCGAUCAAAACAGGGGUCAUGACAGGCAUCUUGUCCUUAACUGAAGGGAUUGCAGUGGGCAGGACAUUCGCGUCCAUCAACAACUACCAGGUGGACGGGAACAAGGAGAUGAUGGCGAUCGGGAUCAUGAACAUGGCCGGCUCCUGCGCCUCCUGCUACGUGACGACGGGUUCCUUCUCCCGGUCGGCGGUGAGCUACAGCGCGGGGUGCAAGACGGCGGUGUCCAACAUCGUGAUGGCGGCGAUGGUGCUGGUGACGCUGCUGUUCCUGAUGCCGCUGUUCCACUACACCCCGAACGUGAUCCUGUCGGCGAUCAUCAUCACGGCGGUGAUAGGGCUGAUCGACGUGCGCGGCGCCGCCAAGCUGUGGAAGGUGGACAAGCUGGACUUCCUGGCGUGCGUGUCCGCGUUCCUGGGCGUGCUCCUGGUGUCCGUGCAGAUGGGCCUCGCCAUCGCCGUCGGCAUCUCGCUGUUCAAGAUCCUGCUGCAGGUGACGCGGCCGAACCUGGUGGUGGAAGGCCUGGUCCCCGGCACGCAGAGCUACCGCAGCGUGGCGCAGUACCGGGAGGCCGUGCGCGUGCCGGCGUUCCUCGUCGUCGGCGUCGAGUCGGCCAUCUACUUCGCUAACUCCAUGUACCUGGUGGAGCGGGUCUUGCGGUACCUCCGCGACGAGGAGGAGCGCGCGCUCAAGUCCAACCUCCCCUCCAUCCGAUCCGUCGUCCUCGACAUGAGCGCCGUCACGGCGAUCGACACGAGCGGUCUGGACGCGCUGUCGGAGCUGAAGAAAGUCCUGGACAAAAGAAACAUCGAGCUGGUGCUUGCCAACCCGUUGGGAUCGGUGGCGGAGAGGAUUUUCAACUCGGCGGUGGGGGAUACCUUCGGGUCGGACCGCCUCUUCUUCAGCGUAGGGGAGGCCGUCGUGGCGGGGGCAUGCAAAGCGGCGCAGCCCUGA